AUGGUGAGGAAGCUGAAAAAUCAGGGAGUUGGUAAAAGAAUCAUACGAGUUGGCUGCAAAGGUUUGUUUUGGGGAUGUGUUGGGCGCACUGAAGAGGUUGGAUUCUGGGUUUAUGGGAAGCAGCUCAUGGACGUGACCAUGGGGCAUGAUAAAAUUUUGGAGUGGAUGCUGAAGCAGCAUGAAGAGAGAGCAGAGAGAGAGGGUUGGGAUGGAGAAGAUAAAGAUUUGAUGGAUAUACCAUUGAAGGCCUAUCAAGAUGAUAAAGCUGAGGAUCUUUUCAUCGGAGGUACUGCUACCACAGCAGAGGCCAUGCAAUGGGCAGUAGCUGAGCUCAUCAACCAUCCCAACAUAUUCAACAAGCUCAGGGUGGAGAUAAAAUCGGUUGUUGGUUGUAGACUAGUUGAGGAAUCGGAUGUUGGAAACCUCCCCUACUUGCAGGCAGUGAUAAAAGAAACACUAAGAUUACACCCACCAGUGCCUUUGUCAACAAGAGAGAGCCGCCAAGCUUGUAAAAAAGAAGAGUUUGAUAUACCAGAAAAGACUGCAGUAGCAAUCAACCAGUAUGCAAUAAUGAGAGAUCCAGAGUUAUGGGACAAUUCAGAUGACUUUAGGCCAGAGAGUUUUUUGUCUCCUGAAGAGAAAGCAGAUGGGGAAAUGAAUCAGAAUGAGACCAGAGGACAGAAUUUUCAAUAUGUUCCAUUCGGAUCGGGAAGGAGGUGUCCUGGCUUGAAUUUGGCAACCAUCUUGUUGAAUACUUCAAUUGCUGCCAUGGUUCAAUGCUUUGAUUGGAAAGUCGGAGAUGGAAAUGAGGGUAAGGUUAAUAUGCAAGUUGGCGCAGGCAUGUCUUUGCCCAUGGCUCACCAACUUAUACUUUUUACCUGUUGA